UGCUCAUUUCAUGCAAAUUAUCACCGGCAGAAGAGAGGAGGAAGAUUUCCAGAUAGAGAGACCCACAAGAUAACCCCAGAGUCGUUAGACACAGGAGCAGAUGUACAGGGCGUGCUUGACUCAUACUCAAGGUUGCAUAAGAAACAUUAUUUCCUUCUUCUGCACACCAAGUUUCUACCUCCAGAUCUCUUUGGUUCAGUUGCUGGGAAGCCUGACACUCCAGGGCCACUUGGGAGAAGCCAUCCACUGGGCGGAGGAAGAUGGGCGACAACGACACGCUUGCCCUGUUCAGCUACCCCAUGCUGUCCACACCCCAGUCUCUGUUCGCCACCAGCAGCCAGGGGGGCAACGAGGAACCCACCACCAAUUACGACUAUGAUUACAGCGCACCGUGCCAGAAAACCGACGUGAGGCAGAACGCGGUCCGGCUCCUGCCUCCGCUCUACUCACUCGUGUUCAUUUCCGGCUUCGUGGGCAACCUGCUGGUCGUCCUCAUCCUCAUCACCUGCAAAAAGCUGACGAGCAUGACUGACGUCUACCUGCUCAACCUGGCCAUCUCCGACCUGCUCUUCCUUUUCACCCUCCCCUUCUGGGCCCACUAUGCCGCCAACGGGUGGGUCUUCGGGGAUGUGAUGUGUAAGACGGUCACCGGGCUCUAUCACGUCGGGUACUUUGGCGGAAACUUCUUCAUCAUCCUCCUGACCGUCGAUAGGUACCUGGCUAUCGUCCACGCUGUGUUCGCUUUAAAGGCCAGGACGGUCACCUCUGGGGCGGUGACAAGCGCGGUCACCUGGGCGGCGGCCGUGGUCGCCUCUCUGCCGGGGUGCGUCUUUAACAGAAUGCAGUGGGAAGACUCUUUUUCCUCCUGCCGCCCUUCUUUCUCACCAGGAUGGAAGACUUUCCACGCAGUCACGAGGAGCGUCUUGGGCCUGGUCCUGCCCCUGCUCGUUAUGGUCAUCUGCUACUCCGCCAUCCUCAGGACCCUGUUCCGCUGUCGGAACGAGAAGAAGAAGCACAGGGCCGUGAAGCUCAUCUUCGCGAUCAUGAUCGGUUACUUUCUCUUCUGGGCCCCCAACAACAUCGUCCUCCUGCUGAGCGCCUUCCCGGAAUCCUUCGGCCUCCAUGACUGCAGUAGCUCCAACAGACUGGACCAAGCCAUGCAGGUGACGGAGACCCUGGGAAUGACGCACUGUUGCAUCAACCCCAUCGUCUACGCCUUCGUCGGGGAGAAGUUCAGAAGGCAUCUCUCCCUGUUCUUCCGAAAGCACAUCGCCAAGCAUCUCUGCAAACAGUGCCCGGUCUUCUACGGGGAGACCGCGGAUCGAGUGAGUUCCACAUACACGCCUUCCACAGGCGAGCAGGAGGUGUCCGCGGGCUUGUAAGCGAGUAACAGUUUGCCUCCGACCGUCAAGGGGGGGGGGGGGGACGGAAAACUGCAUGUGAUAAAAGGCUUCGGGGGUCCAUUGGAGAAGGGAGGCCCGUGAGCCUCUCAGGCAAGUGCCCACGGGAAGCUCAGGAUCACACGCAUCAAGACAGACUUCGUCCCUCCCUGUGCGGCCAACGGGCGCUCGGGGAAUGUUCCAGAACAACUGCGGGUGCAGACCGUGACUCUCCAAAGAGCUCCUCCCCAGUUCCUGGGAAACGCCACAUCUGGAGAAUGCCUAUGCCCCUCUCCCAGCCUUCACCUGCGCCUCACUCGCCCCGCAGUGCUCUCUCUCUGGUCAGGGGCCCAGCUGGAGGCAGGGAGGGGGCUGAGCAGGCACAGGGGGAUGGCGUGUGGGGUCCCGGCCGUGCCAGGAGGAGGGAGCUGCGGACAUGGCUGAGCCUGGGUGAAGAGGAAGGUUUCAGCAGCACUGUCCCCAGCCCCUCCUGGAAGCCCCCCCCACCCCCACCCCCGGGUCCCAGAGCCUGGGAACCAUAACAACUCUCGGAGAGCUUACUUUGGGUCCAAUCAUCCUCUCCGGUGCAAGCACGGGACACAUUUUUGCUUCUUUGUGAUUUAUCUGCGAUAACCACGCACCCUACACCUGAAAUCUAGCAAACCCCAUGCCCCGUUGUUCACACGCGUCUCACGUGCCACCUCCCCCGAUGUAAAAAUGUAAGAACGUUCUUGGUUAAUAAAAUACACAUGAUCUAUAA